AUGUCAUUUAGAAGUUUGACACCGGAUUAUGGUUCGAAAAAGAAACUUGAUUUACCAAUAUUCAAUAAGCUAUCACCAAAGAAACAUUCAAAUCGACUUUUCAAGAGAAUUUUUUAUUUAUUAGUUUUAGUUUUGUUUUCAUAUACAAUCUAUUCGAAAUUUAUAAGAUCUUCUAACUCAUACAUAAAUCAAUCAAUAAAUGAUCAACAGCAGCGACAACAAUUGUCCGACGAUGCGGAAGUGUAUAAAGUAUCUAAAGAAGGAGUGGAGAAAUUAGAAGGAGAUAAACUUGAGAAUCAUCUACAACCACAAGAGCAAGAAACUCAAUCAAUACUAAACCCUGAAGAUAUAACGGAUGAAGACUUAAAACGAAGUAAUGUUGAAUAUUAUGACUUAAACGACUAUUCAGGUUCUGCCGAUGGUAAUUCGAAAGGAGAAAAUGUAUUAUUUUUGAUGCCCUUAAGAAAUGCUGAGCAUGUUUUACCAAUGGCAUUUUACAAUUUAAUGAAUUUAACUUAUGACCACUCUUUAAUCGAUAUUGCCUUUUUGGUAUCUGAUUGUUCUCCUGAUGACACUACAUUAGAAACUGUAUUCAGAUAUUCAGUUGCAUUGCAAAAUAGUACAUUAGUUGAUUUGUUAAAACAAGAGGAAGAUUCCAAAAAUGGCCAACAAGUGAAAGGAUCAAAUGAUUUAUAUCAAUCUUAUAUGGAACCUUCUUAUAUGGAAAGCGUAAAAAAAGCUUACAGUAAUCCAGAAACUCAUCACAAAAAUUAUAGAACACCAUUUAGAUCAGUUACAAUAUAUAAGAAGGAUUUUGGUCAAGUUAUAGGACAAGGUUUUAGUGAUCGUCAUGCAGUUAAAGUUCAAGGCAUAAGAAGAAAAUUAAUGGGAAGAGCAAGAAAUUGGUUAACUUCAUCUGCUGUAAGAGCGGAUCAUUCUUGGGUGUAUUGGAGAGAUGCAGAUAUUGAAACCUGUCCAGGAAAUGUGAUUGAAGAAUUAAUGUCUCAUGAUUAUGAUGUAAUGGUACCAAACGUUUGGAGACCAUUACCAACUUUUUUAGGAAAUGAACAACCAUAUGAUCUUAAUUCAUGGAUAGAAAGUGAUGCUGCAUUGGAUCUUGCUAAAACUUUGGACGAAGAUGAUGUAAUAGUUGAAGGAUAUGCGGAAUAUCCAACAUGGAGAGCUCAUUUAGCAUAUAUUAGAGAUGCUAGUGGUAAUCCUAGAGAAAUAGUAGAUUUAGAUGGUGUUGGAGGUGUUUCUAUACUAGCUAGAGCUAAAAUUUUUAGACAAGGAGUUCAUUUUCCAGCUUUUACAUUUUUGAAUCAUGCUGAAACGGAAGCUUUUGGUAAAAUGGCAAAAGAGAUGGGUUUUAGAGUAGGUGGUCUACCUCAUUAUACAAUAUGGCACAUAUAUGAACCUAGCGAAGACGACCUACAAAAAAUAUCUAAAUUAGAAAGAAGUAGACGGAGAAAAAAAUCAACGAACAAUUAA